CUCUCUCUCUUUUUUCCCCUUUCCCCCACUUGAUUUUUUGUUUCCAAAAAAGAAAAAAAAAUCAACCCUAAUUUCUUCAGUAUAAAUUAUAUCUUAUAGGAGACAAAAAAGAUUUUGUAACCGAAGCUGAUGGACAACUGGACUUUGAGGGAAAACAACGAUUCGCCUGUAGGCGUAAACGGUUUUGUGGAUAACAUGCAACUUUUGUGGAAACUUCAGUCGCUUGAACCUCUCGCAGCAGAAGAAAAUGAUACUUCCCAGUCUUUUACUGAUUUUAAUCAGACUACUUCUGCUUCUGAUAUGCCUGAUGAUGAUGAUUUAGUAGACAAGCUAUUUCGUGAAAGUUUAGCUAUGCAAGACAAUUAUCAACCAGAGAACAAUAAUGAGAAUAUACAGCCACCCACAAGAUCCGAAGAUACCUCGCUUAGUAUGUUAUUAUCGACACCACCACCUUUGCCACCCAUGGACGACGCGCCCAUGAUAAAGAAAGAAUCGCCUACUGCCAGCAACAAUAAUAUUAUGCCACCAUUCUUUUCUUCACAGUCAUUCCAGCAUUCUCCACUCCCUCCUUUUGGGCAAAUACUUCAGACAUCACUACACAAUCCUAUGGCUCGUACCUUACCAUCCAUCAUGAACCCACCACCACCACAACCGCCACAACCACAGACAAUAGCAUCUAAACCCAACCAUAGUAUGAACAUUGCUUCUAUACAAAACCAUCCCAUUACCACUGCGCCUCCGUCUUCUUCUAUCAUUGCUCAAUUCUCAAUACCUUACACACAAACACCUUCUCCACCACAACGUAUGCUACAACCGCAAUCACUACCACUACCACUACCACUACCACUACCACCACCAACAAAUGUGCCUGCCAUUCCUCCUCGUCCACAAUUAAGACUUCAUUUCUCAAAACAUCUAGAAUCACUUGAUUCCCCUAUGUUUGACGACCUCAAAGAUCCCAUGAAGCCAGACUUAGAUGUCACAAAUUUGCGUCGAUUGACAGUGGCCACAUUGCGUACAUUAGGUGUCUAUUUGUCAUUUGAGGAUCUGCCUGCUGUUGACAUUGAGGAUCCAUUACCAACAGAUUCUCAACAAGUUUUGCCCGCUGCUGCUAUGCAGUUGAUCACCACCAUGGUAUUGGGCACAUCAGGCGACAAGGAUGUAUCACAAACCUUAGGCUCGCAAAUUUCAAAUGGAGAUUUAGUGGCCCUGCAGCGAAUGAUUGUGGCAGGUUUACGUAGCAAAAAUAUUGUCAUCCAUACAGUAUUGAAUGAACAACAGCCAGCCACUGGUUCAGAUCAAGCGCCUAAAAGAUCAGCAGCUCCCGGUGACAAGAUGAUUGAUUUGACACAUGUCAGAUACGAACCUCCUCAUAAUGUUACUCGGUUGUUUCUGCGCCUGUAUCGAUAUAUUCUCAACAUGCUUCUGUCUACACCUGAUUGUUGGCCAUUUAUUCAGCCUGUGCCCGAGACUGCUUUUCUCUACCAUCAAGAAAUUAAACACCCCAUGGAUCUGUAUACAAUUGAAGAGAAUGUAUGGCAUGGAAAAUACACCAAGUUUGCAAGAUUCGAAAAAGACAUGCAGCUAAUCUGGAAGAAUGCGAGAGCCUUUCAUCGAAAUGCUGGUACUAUUCCAAAGCAUGCUGAGAACCUAGAAAAACUGUUUACUCGGAUUGUGAUGGACAUCAAGAGACAGAUAAGGAAGCAACAACAACCCUCAGGGCCACACGAUUUCAAGUUUGAUCCAACCAAUACACUCCCCGAAGAAUCUGACUUUUCUUAUCCGCCCAUUGAACAAGUAUUCUCUGAACAAAGCACUGUCUAUACCAUCUCUGCCCUUUCACCUCUUGAGCCCAAGGCACGUAAACCAAAGGGCUUGACGAACGAAAAACUCUUGUAUCUCCAACUCAAUGGCCCUUUUUUCCAAGCAGUAGAGCGAAUGAAGAGUGAUUUGGAUGGUAAUCAUUUACUGGUACCUCGUUUUUAUAUUGCCAAGAACCGUACCUUGUUGCGUCAGAUCCGAUCUCAAGGUGUCUUAGCCAUCUUUUAUAAUACUAAAACAAACCGCGUCAGAGCCAGCAAGAAUAUUCACAUUGAAACAGACAUGAUUUUAGCUUAUCCUGCCAGUGAGUUGUUUGAUAUCGAUCAGAUCAAUGAAUGUACAGACGAUUUCGCAGCCAAAGGAUGGAUUCAUCUCAGACCUUUGCGUGUAGUCAACCAAAUCAGCUUUGAAGUGAACGAGACGAUUGAGCGAGACUAUUUUAAGCGUAUGUUUGCCACUUCUAAAAUGGCAAUUGAUGACAAAAGUGGACAUCACAAUUCAGCUACAAAAAAACUACUGAAGAAAGUAGUUCGUCAAAUUUUGGGAUUGCCAGAAAUUCAAGAAUCUACACCAGACAUACCCGAGACAUCUGCUAGAGAUGAACGUCUUAGUGCUGAAGAAUAUCACCAUCGACCUAUGAUUCAACAGCGCAUGCUUAAGACAAAAGAAGAAGAAGCUAUGGAAGCAGACGAGGGCUCGGACGAUGAAAAGCCUUCACCUAAAUAUAUAUCUGCUGGGCAAAAGAUGCAGCUGGAUGUCAAGGCUGAAAUGAUCUCCAACACGCAACGUUUAGGCACACGAGAAAUUAACCACGAAGUAUGGCGAAGGCUCUUUAAUGUGUGUACAGGUAAAGGUGUUCAGAUCAAAAAUAUCACAUCGCAUGGCAACAUCAACUGGAAUUCACCUAAUUCAGAAGGAUUCUUUAAACGCGUUUAUUUUUUUGACAAUAUUGUAGUCCAAGCAUUUCGACAAAUGACUAUGUAUCAGCGAAUUACUGAAGUAGCCUGUCUUAUGAAACUAAAAAACUUGCCUCACAUGGCCCAAAUGAGAGAAGUAUUGUACAAUGAUAACGGCGAUGUAGCAGGGUUGUCUAUGGAAAGAUAUCAAACGACAUUAAAGCAAUAUGCGCAUGUUCAUUCACAUCAUCGACUAACAGCUUAUCAGAAAUACGAUGUCAUUUAUCAAAUGCUAAUCUGUAUGAAGAUUAUUCACGAAGCAGGUCUAGCACACAGAGAUCUGUCAGAAGUUAACAUUAUGGUCAACACAAUCGAAGGUCAAUUUUUGGAAGACGGAAGUGAAAAAGUGUACCUGUAUUUGAUUGACUUUGGUAAAGCAGUCUUUUGUGAAGCCAAAGAUGUGCGUGAUUGGUUUGUGGAUGUGCCUCGCGCUGAAUGGGAAUACGAUGGUGAUGUGGUACCUGAAUCAAAAGAAGAGCUUGACUCUUGGUGUGAAUCUCUACCUUGGGUCAAGGGCAAACCUGAUCAUGGUUAUCGUAUGUAUAGAUCUAUUCAGACAUUACCAAAGACAAGAUCAGAUAACCAAGUAUUGCCUUGGUUAAUACACCCUCAAGCAGAAGACAUGUAUUCUAUUGGUGUCAUGAUUUGGAAAGUGUUUACGGAUACAGAACCAUGGCGUGGUAUUUUGGAUACAGAUCUACAAGGCUUGCGUUAUGUAGCUGAAGAUGACUAUCGUAUUCAAAGAGCAUUAGAGGGCGAAGUGCAUGGUGAACUUAGUAGACAGCUCUUACUUAAAUGUCUAAAGACAAGACCUCAAGACCGUGAUACUGCCAAAGAAAUUUUGGAUUGGAUCACGCAAGAUUCUGUUAGAGAAGGCUUGAUAGGUGAAUGGAAAAUGUAUUCAUCCGAUACCCGAGGUGCUCGAAGAGCCAAGAAUAUGUAUGGAUUUGAAGAAAGUAACGAAGAAGAAGAAAAACAAAAGAAACCAAGAAGAAAAAUCAAUCCCGGUCAAAGACAAAGAGGUCGUCCAAAACUAAUCAAAGAUCCAAUCACAAAUACCUAAAAAAAAAAAAGAAAAAGAAAACUUGUUCAUCUUACCAUCAUCAUCAAAUCAAUGCAUUUCCCUUUUUCUCUCUCUCUCUUUUUUUGUUGCAAAAUGGAAA